AUGACACGACAUCGGGGCUCCCGACGUUGCCUACAGUAUUACCAAGACAAUCGCUUUAUUCUUCGAGAUAUUUCGGGUGUCUUUAAGCCAGGAACCACGACACUCGUUCUUGGGCAACCAGGAUCGGGGAAAUCAUCACUUCUGCAGUUGCUAAGUGGCCGGUUUCCCCUUGAGAGCGGAGAUAUCACUGUGGAGGGCGACGUCAUGUACAACGAUGAGUCUCGUGGGUCUCUGGCCACUCGCUUACCGCAGUUCGCUGCUUACGUUCCUCAGCAAGAUCUACACUUGUCGACUCUUACGGUUCGAGAGACACACGAGCUCGCUCAUACUUGCAACACCGCGUACUUUGAGAAUCACGUCGAGGAGCUCUUGAGUGGGGGUGCACGUAAGGAAGACAACGCCGAAGCCCAAGCUACGGCACGCUCUUUACUGCGUUGUCUGCCACAGAUCACACUGGAGCUUCUUGGCUUGCAACACUGCGCUGACACGAACAUUGGUGGGCAUCUGCAGCGUGGGGUUUCUGGAGGCGAGAAGAAGCGCGUCACUACCGGAGAAAUGCUGGUCGGGUUCAAGCUUGCCUUGUUCUUGGAUAAUAUUACCACGGGUCUCGACAGCGCUGCAGCCUUCGACAUCAUUUCAACGCUACGAGGUCGAGCUCGCUCCUUUGGUCAAACGGUUGUAGCUGCUCUGUUGCAGCCUGCCCCCGAGAUCUUCGAAUUGUUUGACGAUGUUCUGCUACUGAUGCGCGGACGGGUAGCCUACCAUGGCCCCGUGCAAGAAGUUCGAGGAUACUUUGAAAGCCUUGGCUUCUACUGUCCACCCGGACGUGACUUUGCAGACUUCUUGAUGGAUCUGGGCACAGAUGAACAGCUUCGGUACCAAACCGGUUCAGCUCAAACCCCUCCGCGUACGGCGGAGCAAUACGCUGCAGUGUUUACGUCUUCGUCAAUCUACCAACAGGAGCUGCAACAAUUGGAGACUCCAGUGGAUCCUAGUAUGGCUGAAAGUACACACAAGUACAUGGACUCGAUUCCUGAAUUCCAGCAAGGUUUUAUGGCUAGUACGUGCACCCUUGUGCGUCGCGAGAUGCUGGUUCUGAGUCGCAAUGCUGCGUUUGUAGUCGGUCGAGCUGUGAUGACUGUGGUCAUGGGACUUCUGUAUGCCAGCACGUUCUACGACUUCGAGGCUACCGAUGUGCAAGUGAUCAUGGGCGUGAUCUUUUCGGUGAUCUUCUUCGUGUCGCUGGGUCAGGCAGCGCAGAUCCCAACGCUCUUUGAGGCACGCGACAUUUUCUACCGUCAACGUCGCGCCAAUUUCUAUCGAUCGUCCUCUUUCGUGCUUGCUAGCACACUGAGUCACAUCCCAGUGGCGUUAUUCGAGACACUAGUCUUCGGGUCACUCAUUUACUGGCUGUGCGGGUUUGUUCCCGACGUCGAGCUCUUUGUACGGUACGAAGCGAUCGUGUUUCUCUCCAGUUUGGCAUUCGGUGCUUGGUAUUUCCUACUGGUUGCAUUGACUCCCAAUAUGAACGUGGCGAUGCCAAUGGCGAUGUUAUCUGUGCUCUUCUUCGUCAUGUUCUCGGGUUUUGCCAUUCCGAAGGACCAGAUUCCGGAUUAUCUCAUUUGGCUUUACUGGGUUAGCCCCGUCGCGUGGGGGAUUCGUGGACUGGCUGUGAAUCAGUUUCGAGCUCCACGCUUCGAUGUCUGUGUCUACGAGGGGGUUGACUACUGUACUCUUUCGGGAGGAACCAUGGGGGAGUACUAUCUGUCAUUGUUUGACGUCCCAGCAGACAAGAAGUACGUAGAUCUCAGUAUGGUCUUCGUUGUUGGUUGUUAUCUCCUCUUCUUGGGUCUUGCGGUAUGGGCUCUGGAGCAUCGUCGCUUCAAAGGACCUGAGGAUGGAGGUGUGGGAUUAUCUGAUCUCAAUGAGAGUUCGUACGGACUGGUGAAAACUCCUCGAGGGACAGAAGCGGUGGAUAUCACGGUGCAACUUGCCACUGGUGACUACAAACGCAACUUUGUUCCAGUAACAUUGGCGUUCGAGGAUAUCUGGUACUCUGGUGUGUCUGGGUUUGCACGCCCUGGAUUCAUGACCGCGCUCAUGGGAUCUUCUGGCGCCGGUAAAACCACCUUGAUGGAUGUCAUAGCACACCGCAAACCGGGAGGUUCAGUACGUGGACGCAUUCUACUUAACGGCCACGAAGCUAGUGACUUGGCAAUGCGUCGUUGCACGGGUUACUGCGAGCAAACAGACGUGCAUUGCGAAGGGGCUACAUUCCGCGAGGCCCUAACGUUUAGUGCCUUCCUUCGUCAGCCUGCAGACGUUCCCGACAGCGUCAAGCGAGACACAGUCCGCGAGUGUCUAGAAUUGCUGGACCUGCACCCCAUUGCCGAUCGUAUCGUCCGCGGAGCGUCGAUGGAGCAGCUCAAACGUCUCACUGUCGGUGUGGAGCUCGCUGCCCAACCCAGCGUCUUAUUCCUUGACGAACCCACCAGUGGACUAGACGCCGCUGCUGCUAAAGCCAUUAUGGAGGGCGUACAGAAGGUGGCACGAUCCGGACGAACAGUGCUCACCACAAUCCACCAGCCGUCCGCUGAAGUCUUUGGACUCUUCGACAGUGUACUACUGCUACAACGUGGUGGUCGAACCGUGUUCUUCGGUGAUGUCGGACCGCAAUGUCGUGAUCUGGUACAGUACUUUGAACAGCUUCCCGGUGUCGCUAUUCUCCGGCCCGAAGCUAAUCCAGCUACCUGGAUGUUGGAAUGUAUUGGUGCGGGGGUCAACACUGGCGAUAAAUCUUCUGUAAACACGUCAGUCGAUUUUGCGGAUCUUUUCGAGACGAGCAAACUUCAAGAGCAACUGGAUGCAACGAUGAAGGAGCCUGGUGUGGCAUCUCCUUCGGACGAUCACUCAGAGCCGACGUUUACAAGCAAGCGAGCUGCAGGGGCUCUCGUCCAGCUUCACUUCUUACUGCAGCGCAGUUUCCGGUCGUACUGGCGAACGGCGUCCUACAACGUCACACGUGCCGGUAUCUCGGUUAUACUCGCACUGAUCUUUGGAGUUGCGUUCCUUGGAGCCGACUACGGGUCCUACGCUGGAGCCAAUGCGGGUGUUGGUAUGCUCUUCAUUGCAACGGGGUUCAAUGGAAUUGUGUCCUUCUUCGGUGUCCUCCCUGUUGCAGUGAGCGAUCGCGCUUCUUUCUAUCGAGAACGUGCCAGUCAAACUUACAGCGCGUUUUGGUACUUCAUUGCCGGGUCGGUUGUUGAGAUUCCGUACGUGCUGGCCAGUACACUGCUAUUCUCCGCGAUCUUCUACCCCAUGGUUGGCUUUACGGGUGGCUUCGUGUCGUGGCUGCUUUUCUGGCUCAAUACGGCACUCCUUGUCGUACUACAAGUGUACAUGGGUCAGCUACUGGCCUACGCACUGCCAACUGCAGAACUUGCGAUGGUUGUCGGGGUGGUGGUUAACACUGCCAGUUUCUUGUUCAUGGGCUUCAACCCUCCGGUGAACUCCAUUCCAGCCGGAUACAAGUGGCUCUAUCAGAUCGUACCUCUACGAUAUUCCUUCAGUGCUCUUGCUGCUCUUGUGUUCGCAGAUUGUCCGGUUACAGGCGACUCGGACAUCGGUUGCCAAGAUUUGACAAACGCACCUGUCACCCUCACGUUCUCAAACGUCAAAGAGUACGUGGAGUAUACGUUCGGUGCUAGGAACGACCAGUUGGCGCGUAACAUGGGCGUUGUCGUGCUUAUCAUCGUGGUUCUGCGACUUCUGGGUCUACUGGCGUUGCGGUUCAUCAACUAUGAACGACGUUAG